AUGUCUGGGAGACUUUGGAUUCCGAGAUUUCUUCUCAUCACCCUCGCGCUUAUUAGCCUACGAGCUAACUCUCAGUGUGAAUUCAGUUUCACUCGACGGAACAAGGUCUUUGAUUUCAACUUAGCAUCUUCGAUUCGGAAUUUCCCUCACGGCGCUCUCAGCGAAGAUGGGUUUUAUAGAGUGGAAGCAAACAAUACCGUGCUAUGGUUUCAGACCAGUGUGAAUAAUGAUUGUUAUUCUUCUUUUUCUGUAAACCGUCAUGUGGAGCAGCUUUGUGACAUGUUGAUUUUCAAUCACGAUCCCCCUCGAUGCGUUGGUUGCGAAGAUUGCGGAGGUCAAUCACACUGUGGAACAUCUUGUAGUGCACUAUUGUCAGAAAAUAUAAGAGGAUAUGAUGUCUGCAGUUCUCUAGGGCAUCCCUCAAGCUCAAAAGUUGAUAUCGUUGAUAAAGAGGAUCCUGGCAAAGGCGUCAUUGUUAAGAUGUCAAGUGGAAGUAGUAACCAAAAUUGCUCACUUUCAGUUUCUGUUAUCUGUCAGAAAAAUAAAGUUACUGGACCACUCAAGCUGGAGAAAUCUGGUAGCUGUAGUUAUGCUACUGAGCUGCGACAUCCUUCCGGUUGUGCAGUGGCUAUAUCCGGCCAUGGUAGUGGAUGGGGCUGGUUUAGCACCUUACUAAUCAUAAUCUUGUGCCUGUUUGGAGCUUAUCUACUGGGUGGUGCACUAUAUCGUUAUUUCUCCCUUGGGAUUCGUGGCACAGACGUGAUCCCAAAUUCGGAUUUCUGGGGCACUGUACCUCACAGAACACAGAGCUGUUUUGGUUCACUACUUGAGAGAUUCAGGGGGUCUAGUCAUGGUCAACGAGCCUCAUAUUCUCAGGUCAACUUCUGA